AUGUCCGUCAUCCUGAGGAGACUCGUCCACAAUGAUGCGAUGCGAUCAGAUCCCAAGGAGAUCUACGGAUGGCGAGUCUACAUGCUUGCGUGCUCGGCAUGCUUUGGUGGAAUGCUUUUCGGGAUGGAGACCGGUAUCAUUGGAGGUGUCCUGACCAUGGCCCCUUUCAAAGCGAAAUACGGUCUCGAGAAUAUCGGCGAGGUAGCGGCGGCCAAUUUGUCCGCCAAUAUCGUCUCUACCCUACAGGCAGGGUGCUUCUUCGGUGCCUUGGUCGCCUCCAUCAUCGCCGAUAAAUGGGGUCGAAAGCUCGGUUUGAUCACGGCGUCGUUGCUCUCCAUCGUCGGUGUCGUCAUGCAGGUCGCUGCCUCGGGUCAUCUUGAGGCCAUGUAUAUUGGGCGGCUGAUAACCGGUUUCGGUGUCGGAGUUGCCUCCAUGGUCAACCCUCUCUACGUCUCCGAGAACGCCCCUCGUGCCAUCCGUGGCGGUUUGACUGGUCUGUACCAGCUUUUUAUCACGCUCGGUAUUAUGCUUGCCUUCUGGAUCAACUACGGGUCUGUUCUGCAUAUCGAAGGUACCGCCCAGUACAUGGUCCCGCUCGCCAUGCAGGCGCUGCCAGCUAUCUUACUUUUCAUUGGCAUGAUGCUUUGCAAUGAAUCGCCUCGGUGGCUCGCCAAACAAGAUCGCUGGGAAGACGCCCGGAAGACCCUCUCCCGCGUGCGGAAUCUGCCUUCCACUCACCCGUACGUUGAGAAUGAAUUCCAGGAAAUCCAACAGCAGCUGGAACACGAACGGAACUUGGUCGGCGGAUCCGGUUUCAUGGAUCUCAUGAAGGAGAUGUGGUUGAUUCCCGGAAACCGCAAGCGUGCGAUGAUCAGUAUCUUCCUGAUGAUCUGCCAGCAGAUGACCGGUACCAACGCGAUCAACUACUACGCACCCCAGAUCUUCGAGAAUUUGGGAAUCAAUGGUAACGCUACCGGCCUUUUUGCCACCGGUGUCUACGGCAUCGUCAAGGUGGUCGGCUGCGCCGUUUUCCUCGUGUUCGUCGCCGACUCGCUCGGUCGUCGCCGCUCUCUGCUGUGGACGUCCGCCGUCCAGGGUCUCACCAUGCUCUACAUUGGCCUGUACAUCCGGAUCGCUCCCCCGGAGGAAGGCGCCCCCGUCAUCCCCGCCGGCUACGUUGCCCUCGUCUGCAUCUUCCUCUUCGCCGCUACCUUCCAGUUCGGAUGGGGUCCGGUCUGCUGGAUCUACGUGUCGGAGAUCCCGACGGCCCGACUGAGAGGUCUCAAUGUCUCCUUCGCCGCCGCAACUCAGUGGCUGUUCAACUUCGUGGUUGCCAGAGCCGUGCCUAACAUGUUAGCCACUGUCGGUGCGAAUGGCUAUGGUACAUACAUCAUCUUCUCAUGCUUCUGUCUCUCCAUGGGCGUCUUCGUCUGGUUCUUCAUCCCCGAAACCAAAGGUCUCGCUCUCGAAAAGAUGGACGAACUCUUCGGUGUCACGACCCUGGUGGACAACAAGACCGCCGACGCGGAGCGAAACAUGUCGGAAGGAGGAAGCAGUAAAGCGGACCAUAAGACGACGGAGACGAGAAUGGAGUCGGUUUAG